CUCUCCUAAAGCUCUAUCUAUAAAUGCCAACAACUGUCCGCUAUUGUAACCUCUCUUUCCUUCUCUCACCAAUUUUCAGAGCCAUUUCAGCUCUCUCCUCUCUAAAAUAAAAUCCAUGGCAGCAUCUCAAGCAAGCCUCCUCCUCCAAAAACAACUUAAAGAUCUUUGUAAGAACCCCGUUGCUGGGUUCUCGGCUGGCUUGGUAGAUGAGACUAAUAUAUUUGAAUGGAGUGUUACAAUUAUUGGACCGCCAGAUACUCUUUAUGAGGGGGGAUUUUUCAAUGCCAUUAUGAGCUUUCCAUCAAAUUAUCCUAAUAGCCCUCCUACAGUGAAGUUUACCACAGAGAUUUGGCAUCCUAAUGUAUAUCCUGAUGGGCGUGUGUGCAUAUCAAUUCUUCAUCCUCCGGGCGAUGACCCUAAUGGCUAUGAGCUUGCAAGUGAGCGUUGGAUGCCCGUCCAUACUGUUGAAAGUAUUGUUUUGAGUAUCAUAUCAAUGCUUUCCAGUCCUAAUGACGAAUCUCCUGCAAAUGUUGAAGCUGCUAAGGAAUGGAGAGAUAGGAGAGACGAUUUCAAGAAAAAGGUUAGCCGCUGUGUGCGAAAAUCGCAAGAAAUGCUAUAAACUGACUGCAGGCACUUUUUCUCUACCUACUUCAUGUGUACCAGGAAUGUCUUGAUUUAUUGUGUGGGGGAACUGGUUCAACUGAGUUAAUAUAUGCUGGGUGGUCCUUGUAAUGGUGCCAUUUGAAGUUUCUCACACCCAUAUCUCUUUCACUUUUUUCUCCGUAUGAUCAAGUCACUGUAAUAACCAAAGCAUUUCUGUAUUCAAAAGCGCUUUGGUUCAUAGAUUUGAUGGCAAAAGGUCGUUCUUGUUGACUCAUAUUCAUUUGAUGUCAUCUGUUUAGUUUCUAUUUACCUUGGAUUUUGUUCUUCAAGUAUGGACUCUUUGUCUUUAGUUUUGCGAGUAAGUUUGUUGUCUGCCUUAUGGAUGGUUUGCCCUUUCACAAGCCAGCGGAUUUUUUGUUUUUUUGUCUUUUGGCUUUUGUAACCUCUCUAAAACACAUACCCAACCACGGCUGAAUAUCCUCGAUGGCCUAUGGCCACAAAAUUGCUGUUGAAAGUUUCUGUUUCAGUUGUAUGAAUACUUAAGAUUGUAAUGCAACCUUCUUCACUUCA